GUAUAGAGAAACGUGUAAGUGAUUUUGGAAAAUCUAACAAAGAAGACUUGCAGUUUCAAUGGCUGAAAACAAAGACAAAGAAGGAUCGACAGUGUCGUCGACUCUUGAAAUAGACACGUUAAAUGAAAUGCUUGAUAACAUGACAUUUGAAAAUGUUAUGGUCAAGCUGGAGGGUGUGUUUAUGCUUAAAGCAAACCACCCAAAUGAGGAAAUUGAGUUAUCCCUGCAUGAAAAUUAUAUUUCACUAAAAACUCAGACGAGUGUUGAGUACAAAGCAGCUAAAACAUUUGUUACCAAAGAGGAGUUGAAAGCGCUAGAAGUAUGGCUGGACAAAUGUAAGAAACAGGGUGUGAAAGCUGUGCUGCCGAGUACUGUAAAGAAACAGGAAAUAGUUGAUCCUGUAGAGGAACAAUGGUUGGCUACGAGAAUCAGCAACGACAGAACGAAUGACGACAGUAGUGGUGACGACGGAAAGAGUGACGAGAGAAUCAGUAACGACAGAACGAAUGACGACAGUAGUGGUGACGACGGAAAGAGUGACGAGGGAACUAGAUAUGACGGAACUAGUUAUAAGAGGAGUGUCAACACAACGAGAGCUAUGAUUCAUAAUGUAGAAGGAGAUAAUAUAACUCAGUUGGCCACUGAGACAAAAGAUGACACAAAUUCAGAAACUAAACAAAAGACUGACGAAAAGGCGACUGCCUGGAUACCUUGCUUCAAUGCCAUGGACAAUAUGCUGUUGCAGCAGUCCAAAAUGUUGGCUAGCUUAACUGAAACUAUGAAAAGCAUGGAGAAAAGGCAAUCAGAAAUUAUGGAAGAGUUAUGUCGUAACCGACAAAAUAUGAGUGAUCUGGGUAAACAAGUAGAGAAAAUCGAGUGUAAUAUAAAACAG